GAGCCGCGCAGAGGCCGGCCCGAGCGCGUUGCAGGCGCCCGGCGUAGGGGGAGUCGGGUAGCAGCAUCCUCCCGGGCGCCGCUUUAGUGCGGCCGCGGCGGGGGCUUCCUCUGCCUCGGGACCUCGAAGGGCAGAAGCGGCCGGUGACGCUGGGAUCCCGCUCUUUUGCCUCCAGCUACCCGUACAGAGUCUUUUCUGGGCCAGUCUGCGGCCACGGAGCGCCGGGGCUCGCCCGAGCCGCCCUCCCGGACAUCCUCCGGGUGAUGGGAGAAGCAGCCGCCGCUGCGGGGCCGCGCUGCACCCUAUUCGCCACCGCCGGAGGGAUGGGAAGGUUCGCUAUGUGGAGGCCGAGAGAGCACGAUGGAGAACAGAAUAGCCUGGAGCUGGGACAUAAAUAAGCUACCCCCCACUGUCGCCUCCUGCCUGCUUCGUGCCCCAGAGCCGGGAGGGAAGCUGCGGUCCCGAGAGACUGGAGGAGACGUCGCUGGAGCCGGGACGCGCCGCGCUUGGUGGAGCGCAGAGCUGGGCUCCGGGCCCGGUGAAAGUUUCCCCUCCCGGGGUGCAGGGCGCCCGCUGCUGGAAAACUCUGCCUAGGGCUAGGGCGGCGGAGUCCCGCGGCUGCCUCGAAGGCUUGGGGACCCCUAGCAGAAGAGAACCGGAGAGAAACCGAGGAGAGCGCUAGCCGGACAGUCCGCCGGUCGGGGAUCCGGGGACGCUCCGAGGCGCACCCUCCGCUCCAGGUCCUCGGAGCCGCUGCCAUGGGAGAGCCAGCCCUGGGCGCCGGGGACCAGCCGCCUCUGCCGCCGCGCCCGCCUCGGAUCGGCGGCCCCAGUCCCGGCGCCCGCAGCCGGCCUGCAGCGUCCCCCUCCCGGGCUGCAGGGCCGCCUCCGCCGCGCCGCCGGCCCCGGCUGUGAUGAGCCGCAGCUCGCCGCGAGCUCCCCCAGGCGCGCUUCCCCGGCCGCUGCCGGCCGCGCCUGCCGCCGUGCAGCGGGCCCUGCUCCCGCCGUGGCCCCGGCGCGCAGGACGCCGCUGGCCUGCGUCCCCGCUCGGGAUGAAGGUGUUUCGCAGGAAGGCGCUGGUGCUGUGCGCGGGCUAUGCACUGCUGCUGGUGCUCACGAUGCUCAACCUCCUGGACUACAAGUGGCAUAAAGAGCCGCUGCAGCAGUGCAACCCCGACGGGCCUCUGGGUGCCGCGGUGGGGGCGGCCGGGGCCGGUUGGGGACGACCAGGGUCGCCUCCUGCAGCGCCACCCCGCGCUCACUCUCGCAUGGACCCUCGCACCCCAUACCGGCCUCCUGCCGCUGGCGUGGGGGCAGUUCCCGCAGCCGCGGCUGGGAGUGUAGGAGCUGCGGCCUCUCUGGGCAAUGCUACUCGAGGCACCAGGGGUGGAGGGGACAAGCGGCAGUUGGUGUAUGUGUUCACCACGUGGCGCUCGGGCUCAUCCUUCUUCGGCGAGCUCUUCAACCAGAACCCUGAGGUGUUCUUCCUCUAUGAACCUGUGUGGCACGUGUGGCAAAAACUGUACCCCGGGGACGCGGUUUCCCUGCAGGGGGCAGCGCGGGACAUGCUGAGCGCUCUCUACCGCUGUGAUCUUUCGGUUUUCCAGCUGUAUAGUCCCGCAGGCAGUGGGGGGCGCAACCUCACCACUCUGGGCAUCUUUGGGGCAGCCACAAACAAGGUGGUAUGCUCCUCGCCACUCUGUCCUGCCUACCGCAAAGAGGUCGUCGGACUGGUGGACGACCGCGUGUGCAAGAAGUGCCCACCUCAACGCCUGGCACGCUUCGAGGAGGAGUGCCGCAAGUACCGCACGUUGGUUAUCAAGGGCGUGCGGGUCUUCGAUGUGGCUGUGUUGGCGCCGCUGCUUAAAGAUCCAGCCUUGGACCUCAAGGUCAUCCACCUAGUGCGUGAUCCUCGUGCUGUUGCCAGCUCCCGCAUCCGCUCCCGCCAUGGCCUCAUCCGGGAAAGCCUACAGGUGGUGCGAAGCCGGGAUCCAAGAGCCCAUCGCAUGCCCUUCCUGGAGGCUGCUGGCCACAAGCUGGGUGCCAAGAAGGAGGGUAUGGGUGGGCCAGCAGACUACCAUGCUCUGGGUGCAAUGGAGGUCAUCUGCAACAGUAUGGCCAAAACGCUGCAGACAGCCCUGCAGCCUCCUGACUGGCUGCAGGGACAUUACUUAGUGGUGAGGUACGAGGAUCUGGUGGGAGACCCCGUUAAGACCCUACGGAGGGUGUAUGACUUUGUGGGGCUGCUGGUGAGUCCCGAAAUGGAGCAGUUUGCCCUGAACAUGACUAGUGGUUCGGGCUCCUCCUCCAAGCCUUUUGUGGUGUCAGCUCGCAAUGCCACUCAGGCCGCCAAUGCCUGGCGGACCGCACUCACCUUCCAGCAGAUCAAACAGGUGGAGGAGUUUUGCUACCAGCCCAUGGCAGUGUUGGGCUAUGAGCGGGUUAACAGUCCUGAGGAGGUCAAAGACCUCAGCAAGACCUUGCUCAGGAAGCCCCGGCUUUGAGAAGGGUUCCCAAGAGAUCUGUCACUCUCCGGAGACACCCACAAAGAGGAUGGUGCUGUGUUUAAACAAACACAGCCCAGACCCAAGCUGAGGAAGCCCACAUAUUCUAUUAUAGAUAUAUAAUAUAAAUAACCACACAGGCACUUGCUGUCAACGUUUUGAGUCAGUGAAUUUCAAGGAACGGCCUCAACUCACGCGCGCGCGUGCAUAUACACCUCAGAAAAGGCAAGACUUGAAAGUUCUGACGAAUUGCCCUGUGUCCCUGUCUCUUCUCCCUCUCUCCUCAUCCUCUAUCCCCCCCUCCCUUCCGUACUGAAGUGGAAUGUUGAUAAAUCGAGUUCCAGUAACCCAAAUCUUGUUUACAAUAUUUUCGUGGUAUCUGUGAAUGUGUAAGAGUAAAUUUGGAUGUGGGGUGGGGUGGGUGGAGAAGAGGGAAGUGGUUCCCAGGGCAGAAAGCCCCCACUGGGCUGGUAAACCAAGGAGGCCGUCUUAAAAAGUAGACUUUUGUGUCAGCCGAGGUUAUAUGUGAGUAUUAAUAAAGAAGAGAAUUAAUAUUCUUUUUUAUAUUUGCCUCCAUUACUCUGGGUUUACCAGUGUUCCUUGUCUUCGUAGCUUCAGGCGGACUCUCCUCCCUUCCCACCUCUCCCUGCCUUUCCAGCCAUCUACUUGCUAAGCUGGGAGAAGCCUUUGCCUUCGUGAUAACUGGGAGUUGUUUUCUCACAUGUGAAUCAUUGCCUGCCAGGUGCCCAGGAAUGGAACAAGUCUACGGGCAAAACCAAACAGGGCAGAGAAGAAAGCACACAUUACUCUCCUGUUCAGCUUUGAGUACAGAAAGGAAGAAACAAGCCCUGGAGAGUUGAAGGCAUUCGGUUUUGAUUACUACUGUAUUGAGUUGGGACAGGGUACCUCGAAGCAGAGCCUGGUGUUUUUGUUCUGAUGCUAGUUCGGGGGAAAAGAAAAAGGACAAAAAAAGAAAAAAAAAACCGCAAAGGAAAAAUUGAAAGCAUAUAAUUUUUUAAAAAAAAGUUCUGAUGACUAGAAUACGGUUUUCAAAAUGAAGUGAGCACUUUUGGUGGUGGUAGCAGCAACUUCGGUCAGUGGGAUGAGAGAAAUGUCUGGAGCGUUCUUCUCUGUGACACAGAAGUCAGAGUCAUAUGAAAGCAAAGACGUUUUAACUGAGGACCGGAGGGGCACUUGUAGGUUUUCUCUCUCCUCUGUCCCAUCCGAAUUGAUACUAUUAAAGGGCAGGAAUUUGAACUAGUUUACUUGGGACUUGGGGUGCCCUGAGGAUAGGACUCUUUUUAUUUCCUAAAGUCAAAUUUUCAAAACGAAGUACAUGUCUCAGACAGUGUAGGGCUUUAGCUAAGAAUGGUUAGGUACUAAAAUGGUCACGAAGAAGAGGAAGCAGAUGCAGGUGAGCGUGUAGGGUUUUGAAAUUUGCUACUUUUCAGUGAGGAAACCAUUGAGCUUCCCAGCAGAGGUGAUGAGGUGAUGAUACUCCUAUGUCCUGAACUCGUGUUGUGCUGAAGUGUUCUGUAUGGUGUCGUGUUAUGAUAAGCAAAUAUGAAGCCCAAAUAGGAAAAGCAGACAGUAUAGUUGUAUAUUGUAUAUUAUAUUAAACACGGUACAAGUCCAAUAUCCUUGCAGCCUUAUUUUAGUGUAAUUUAUUAUAAGAUUCUGAAAAGCUAACAAAUGUGGGUUAAAUGCUGAGGACUUCUAACAAAAAGAUAACGUGUACAUAAAUGUUUUAACACAAGGCGAUUCUGGAGUUUAAUUAUCAUUACCAUGUGAAACCCAAGAUGAAGAAGCACUUUUUUUUUUAAAAAGGUGUAUUAGAAUGGUUAUUUCUUAAUCUACUAAAAUUGUUUCCCAUGUCUUGUUAUUGAGGUAGACUUGCUACGAUAACACCGAUCAAGGUUUCCAUGGCAUUUUUUUUUAUGGCAGAGCGUCUUCAGCAGCAGGGGAAUCUUUGUAAGAGCUCUAAUUUAAGCAUACUUUAAAAUUAAAUGAACAAAAUAAAUAUUAAUGCUGGGUGACUAAAGAUGGAGAAGGCUUAGCAGCAAGUUAAGGUAGUGUCAUUAAAAGACGAUGACUCUGGAUAAAAUAACCAUUUAAAAACAAAUUUGAUAGGGCGUUCGAAUCAGCUCUUAUCAGCCACAGAGAAAUUCAUUUCUUGUUGAGCAAAAGAUAUUUAAGCAGUUGACUUCAUCCUUCUCCAGUAUAUCCAUAUACUUGGACUGCACUAGAAUAGAAUUAUGUAUUGGUAUCUUGUGUUUAAGACGUAUUAGAUGCUAUACAGGGCCUUGAGGCUUACAGAGCAUUCGUGGCCUCUGCUAAGAGGAAAUUCUCAGCCACCGCCAACAGUUCUCCCUGCCUCUGUUUGCACAGUUUCUGUCUGCUUUUUCCUUGUUUUUUUAGCAGCUGCCUUCUUUCUACUCUGCCGCUCCUGGGCUCUGCAAUUUGAAAAGGUGAAUUGUUGCUCCUGGAGAUUUGUACCUAGCUGCAUUCUAGGAAAGUGAGAUGGGUGUUGUUCCCACUGGAGGCUGAGAUAGUCAUAUCAGUGACAUUUAGCUGCCAGAGCUUGGGAGAAGGGGGAAGCAGUUCUCGGCGUUAACAAGCUCUUGUCAGCCCCUGGUGCAAGCAGACCUGGGCCACGACAAACUGCAACAGAGCUGUGACCGUUUCUGAGGCAGGGUGUGUGAAAGCCAGCCUUUCAGAUUUCCUAACCUGGCAGGAUGUCCAUCAGCAGGGAGAACUACUCCUCAGAGUGGCUUAGCUAUCAGGUUCUGUUGUAAGUUCUGCCUUACUGGUAGCACGCUUGACUUGGCCCUUAGACUUUGGAAUGUACUCGUUAAUUAGGAAGUUCCAUUUAGUCAACAGUAAUUUAGGGAUUUGGACCAAAGCAGAGGCACAGGCUGGGUGCUUGAGUUUCAGGAAUUUCAGAGCCAAUCAAAGGCUGCAUUUACACUGACUCUGAGUAUGGGGAUGGGAGCAACUUGGUGUCCUUCAGUAUCUACUACACAAUGAGUACUUGCUAAGUAUUUGUUAAAUAGGUGAGUGAAAUAUGUAACUAUCAAAUACUGAAAAUGUUUAGAGGGGAAGAGAGGAAGAUUGUGUUAACCUGUACAGAGGACGUGCCAUGCUUCUGGCUGAGGUUGUAGUUCCUAGGCUCUGUGUAGAUGCCUGGAGUGAGCAGUGGGGCAUCUGCAGUGUCUCCAAAGUGACACCACAGAUCUUUAAUUCCCACCAAGGAAUUAGGAAGAAAUGCAUAAUUUAUUAACGUGGAGAGGCAAAAAUUUCAAAGUAAGAAAUGAAACUUUCAGUAUUAGUUUCCUAAACCAUACCAACACAGAAGGGUGGGGAUCGGGCAUAACUGUGGUUCCAAAUCGCCCAGGUACCUAGAGGUGGUCUAUAUGUAAAGUCCAUAUGUGAAGAAACAAUGGGAUGUUUACCAUUUCGAGUGCUGUGAAUGCCUAGACUGAAGAAUCGUGGUAUAGACUGGCCAAACAGCAAUGGCUACUGUCAGAAAGCCCAUCCAUCCCACGGUGGAUGCUGAGUGGGACAAGUUCUGUCCAAGUCUUUUCUUUCUUUCUUUUUUUCUUUUUUCUUUUUUGUCAACACACUGUAUAGUUGUGGCUGGAUUCUGCUAUUGGCGUGAAAUGAAUGUGAAUUUGGGUGAAGCUAUGAAGUUAAUAUUCCCUGGGAACUUGAGCAAUUAAAUAAAGAUCAUCUUUGAAACACA